GCACUAUUGACACCUUUGUGUCAAAGGCUAACAAGCGGUGAUUGACCCCAUUCUUUUGUUGUGAGUGUGCACGCAAGCCAGGUGAUCGUGUUACUGUGGAUGUCGCGCAUUGGUACGGCUUAAUUUAGCAGAUUUCACACUUGUGAUCUUUUGUUUAGUAUUUUUGCAAGGUUUGAAGGCAGUUUACAACGCUGGAUCAUGGAUUUUUAAUCCGGACGGAUGUUUGCCAGCCGGACACGUCAUUUUGUGCGAGUUUACCGACACGGAUGGCCGCCCGGGUGACUAUGACAAGGCACUGGCUAUGACGUAAAAGCGGACGGAGCUGGGUUUAGCAACAUUCUUUUGGCAACAAUAACAACUCUUUAGGUCUACAAACCGACAAGGGAUAAGUCUCAGACACUACUCAGUCGCGAAGUCCGCAGCACAAGCUUCUAAAACUGUGAAGAGUUAACUGUUUUGGGUCCCUGUAGUUAACGCUGGUGUGAAAGAGAAUGAGGGCUGUUGUUCUUCUGGUUACCGUACUGUUUCAAGUUGUCUUACGGACAGAAGGAGAUUGGACUCCGGUCCUUAACGUGACGAGGACCGGCAGAGAAGGCGACAUCUUCACCGAGAGAACGGAUAUCUGUACAACGGCAUGGAAUGGUUACUGUACUGAGAGAAAGGCUAACCGUAUCACCUGGAGAGAGCCAGGUGGCAGACAGGUGUGCAUGUGCCAGUGUUACACCUGGUUCAACACAUACCUGUCCGACGAGGAUGAGUGUGAGAAUGUUCCUUCAGAUUCAGAAUGUGAAUGGUGGUUUGAAGAUGAGGGACAGCAGGCGCUGUACACGGUCACACCUGGCAGUGGUCAAACCGGCCGGAUAGACUGGGGGGACGAAGACUGGCCAGGGUCAGGGGUCACUCCCAACUCCUGCUCCAUAGACUGGUCCUGCGAUGUCACCUCGCAGACUUACCUGGAGGACGGAGAUUGGAAGGAUCUGUCGUGUCUUGGCGGAGAUAUUCCGGAUGACAUUUUUGUCUUGGACUACGAAGAAAAUGGCAGAAAAAGAAACUGUCAGAGACACUGGUUUGUCUCGUGGGAUCUUACGUAUGACAUCACACGGCUGGGAGGACUGGUGAUACACCUGGACAUCACCUGUUCACGACGCAGGUGGGGGAACAGACAGUACUCCAGGUCACAAUGCCUCAGGUUCAAGACAGAAGGAACUCAUCUUUACACACCAGGCCGAGGCUGUACUCUCUACACACAGACCACACCCCCAGGGCAGGGCACCACACAAAGGAACCAGCACACUGCAGGUGGUGUGACUGCAGGUGGUGCAGCUGCAGGUAGUGCAACACCUGAUGCAGGCAUCACUGCAGCACCUGGAGUGGAGACAACACAUGCUAACACAACCUCAGGAAAUGGUGACAUGGGAAUGAACACCGGGGGAGGUGGGAGGAACACAGGAGCUAUCACAGGGGGCGUGGCAGUGGCCGUCAUCGCUAUUCUGGCCUUAGUGGGAGGGUUUGUUUUCUUCUGGAGAAGGAAACAUAAACAGAACACUGGGAAAUCUUCAUCAGGAGGCACUCAGGUAACAGUGCAGAACCCAGGAUACCGUGUCCACAUCUCAGCACCUCAGAUCAACAGGAUUAGUUCAGAUUCAUCAGGAUAUGUUGAUAACUCUGGGUAUGUGGGAUAUGAUACAGGAGGCAGCGUGGAAAAUGCCAUCUACGAGGGGGUAAGUCUAUUUUUUGUUUUGAUGAUAGCUAUAGUGGCAAAGUACUCGUUCAGGAUUGUCAUAAUUAUUAUUUGUUCAUAUGAAUAGCUGACAUGUUCACUUAACAAGUGCUAUAUCUUUUCCCAGCUGCCUUACCUCAAAGUUAGAGCAAAUUUGGUUCAAAGGCAUUAAAGACCAAGUUAGAUCA